AUGGGCGAAAUCGAAUCUUAUUGUAACAAAGAGUUGGGACCAUUGCCAACAAAAGCUCCAACUUUGUCAAAGAACGUGCUUGACUUGUUUUCCCUUAAGGGUAAAGUUGCUUCUGUGACUGGAUCAUCUGGUGGUAUUGGUUGGGCUGUUGCUGAAGCUUACGCUCAAGCUGGUGCAGAUGUAGCCAUUUGGUACAACUCCCAUCCAGCUGAUGAGAAAGCCGAACACUUGCAAAAGACAUAUGGGGUCCAUUCGAAAGCUUACAAGUGUAACAUUAGUGACCCAAAGAGCGUUGAAGAAACCAUCUCUCAACAAGAAAAAGACUUUGGAACCAUCGACGUGUUUGUCGCUAAUGCUGGUGUUACUUGGACACAAGGACCAGAGAUUGAUGUUGACAACUACGAUUCAUGGAAUAAGAUAAUUAGUGUUGAUUUGAAUGGCGUAUACUACUGCUCACACAAUAUCGGUAAGAUCUUCAAAAAAAACGGCAAAGGGUCUUUGAUCAUAACAUCAUCGAUAUCCGGCAAGAUUGUCAAUAUCCCUCAGCUUCAAGCUCCAUAUAACACGGCUAAAGCUGCUUGUACACAUUUGGCAAAAUCCUUGGCCAUCGAGUGGGCACCAUUUGCUAGAGUGAACACCAUUUCACCAGGUUAUAUUGAUACUGAUAUUACAGAUUUUGCAAGCAAAGAUAUGAAAGCUAAGUGGUGGCAAUUGACACCAUUGGGAAGGGAGGGGCUUACUCAAGAGCUAGUUGGUGGAUAUUUGUACUUGGCAUCGAAUGCGUCUACAUUCACAACUGGUUCUGAUGUUGUUAUUGACGGUGGAUACACGUGUCCAUAG